AUGAAAUUGUCAUUACUUCAACUUGAACGUUCUUAUUUGGAUGCUCUUUCUGAGUUUGGUAAAUAUGCUCCAAAUACAAUACAAUCAUGUGUGAAUCUCAUAGAAACUCUUAAUCAAACUGGUCGAUAGUAUAUAUAACAGAAACAGUAAGGUGAGAAAUAUUUUUAAAGAGCCAUUGAAUUAGCAUCUGGAUUAGAAAUGGAAGAGUUACUCAAUGUAAAAUAUUCUACUUAUAUGUUGUACGCAGAGUAUCUUGAAUAUUAACAUAAUAAUAAGUAAGCUUAUAAUCUACUAAUUCAAUUACUUCCUUUGUCAAAAACCAGUUAAAAAAGUAUUAUAAUGACAUAAGUCUAAAUCAUGAAUCAUAUAAUAGAGAAUGGAAGACUUUGCAAAAUUUCAAAUGUUGUACAAUUAAAUGAGAAGUUGCUGAAUCUGAUGUAAGAAAUUGGUUUGACAUUUUAUCUUUAUAAACAGUUCCCUAAGAAGUUUUAAUAAAUUCUAUUAUAAGCACUCUCAUUCUAAGCCAAAAUUUAUCAUAAAUAAAAUAAUUAUAGAGAAGCAGCAUCAUUAUAUUUUUAAUCAUAUCAUCUAUCUGAAGAAUUACUUGGGAUUCAUGAAAAAAGAACUCAAGAAUAUAAAAGAUUAUAUGAACUAUUAAGUGAUAAGAUAUCUUUAAACAUAGAAAUUUAAAGUCAGGAUGAAGAAGAAGAUGAGCAACCCUAACAAAUUUAAAUAACACCUUAAGAUGAAAUUCUUUAAUCUUUUCGACCUAAAAUAACUUCAUUUAACAAUUAUAUUAUCAAUGUAGAUUCUGCUAGAGCUCCAAAACUUUCUAAAAAGGUAGAUAAAGCAGAUAAACUAACUACAUCUUCAUCUAUUAACAAACCUAAUUUUCUAAUUAAAGAUACACCCAUAUAAUCUUUAUUCAUUAUUAAAAAUCAAUCCAGAACUAGACCUACUAGUUCUUAAGGUACUUCUAAAUUAACUAGUCCUACUUAAGGUGUCUCAAUAUUAUCCAAAAAAACCACAGAGAGAUUUCAUACUAAAAUGCUCUCUUUGGAAUAGAGUGCCAUAAGAACUCUAGAAGAUGCUCAUCCUCCCAAUUUAACAAAUGAAUUACUCAUUAAUAGACCAUAAUACGAAACUAAAUAAUUUAAAAGGGUAGAUUUUGUAAAAUAAGAAAAUUCUAAGUAAACUACCUCUACAUAUUAAAUUCAACUUACUAUUCCAACAAGAUCCUAAAUAAGAGAACCCUCUAGAAAUAACAUAACGGCAAAAGUUGAUUCUAAAAAAUUAUCUAAUUAUCCUAGUACCUAAAAAAUUGAAAGACCUUCAUAAAGAAAAAUUUUAGCCCCUGAAAUAUAACCAACUAACUUAUACAUAAAACCUAUUCCAAGUACUUAAAAUUUAACAAAUGAUAAUGAUGAAGAUAUCACCAAGUAAGAGGAGAAUAAAAAUGUAUCAUUUGAAAAGGAAGAACCAAUAAAAGUACAUUCUCCUCAUGAUUCAAUUAUUGCUAAAUAUUUGGAAACUCAUUCUAUGUAUAUAUUAUUAGAAGCUGUUGAAAAGAUUAAAGGGAAACUUAAAAAAUAUGUUUAACAUUCUAAUAAACAAAAAAAAGAAUUCUUAGAACGAAAACAUCAGCAUUCACCCAAUAGAAUUUUGAUGAAUAAUAAAUCACAAUAAUUAGGUAGAUCCAAUACCUUGAUAGAUAUAGUUGAAAAAAAACUGCUUGAAAAUGAAGCCAGUAAAAUUAUAUAUAAGUUUUUUUAAUCAGCAAAUACAAUGGAAUGGUAUCCAAUUCAUUUUUAUGAUAAAUUAUUUACUGAUUUUGAAACAUCCAAAUGGAUUCUUGAAAAUCCUAGAAUUAGAGGUUAAUUUUUGUAAAAAUCAUCAAAAAAUGAAGAUUAUCAUUAAGUUAAUAUUGAAUAGAUUCAAAAUAUUAUCUUUAAUUUAAAACGUUAAUCAACCUUUUAAGUAAUUGGGUCAAUUGAAAUUUCAAAUCAUACAAGAAAAAUUUAAUUUAGAUUUAUAAUAGAUACACUUAUUGAUCAUUAUAAAGAUAUAUAAUCUUAUGAUGACAUGAUGGAUUUGUUUGAUUAAUUACUUAAUAUAUAUCUGAUGCAAGAAGAUUUAUUCAGUGAAUGGCUUGACAAUAGGAAGGACUAAACACUCUAUAGAGUAAGUAAAGAUGCCAUAACAACACAAACUCAAAAAAGGUAAAGUCUUAAUAUUUAGUUAUCUAAGGAACAAAGAAUUUAAUAAUAAGAAGAUAUUUAAUAUUAUCAAUAUCUUUUGUCUAAAGUCCUUUUUUUAAUCAAAAGAAAGAGUUAUAUCAAGACCAUGAAUGGUUAUAAAUUUAAAUCUGUUUCAUAAAAUCAUUAAGUCUCUAUUCAAUAAUAUAAUAAUUCAAUUUAUCACAAAAAAUUAGAAAGAAUUAAAUAAUACUUUUAAUAUAUAGAUUAUCAAAUAUAAAAUUAGGCUAACAAACCUAUUUUGAGUAAAAAGAGACAUCGCAAAAGGAAUAAAGAUAAGCAUUUAUUUAUAGCUUAGGACAAAAAAUAAACAAUUAGAGGAAUAACACCUCCAGUUUAAGAUGAUGAUUCUCAAGUAUAUACAUAAAGAGGUAGUCCAUAUGUUUCUUUGAAAGAUACAGGCAUCAUACUUGGUAAUGAAUUAUAAUCUGGAUAAUUAAUUUUGGGGGCAGAGACUCCUAUUAUCUAACCAUUAUUGAAAUAAACACUAAUAUCAAACUGGAAAAAUAUGGGUAUAUAGGAAGUACCUCCAUAAUUGACAGAUAUAUUUAAUUUAGAAACAUAGGAUUAUUUAUAAAGAUUAUUUCCAGAAUUCAAAUUGAAUAUUCCUCCUAUUAAUUACCAUCCUGCUCCUGCUCCAAGCAUGAAAAAAUUUUUAACUGAGUCUCAUUAUCAUUUUAGACAAGAAAUUUCAACAAAAAAAUAUGAUAAAUUGGAAUAUAAACCAAUUCACUCAGAAGAUUACUUAAUUUUAACAUAAGUAGUUAAAAUUGAGAAACAAUUUUAUUAUCUUACAUUAUCCAAUAAAUUAAAAUUAAAAUAAGUAUUUGGUAAAGAUUUAUGGGAAGAUGAGUUUGAUAUUGAAUUGAAACAACUAAUCAAUUAUUCUGUAGGAAGAACAGGAUAUAUAAUUGAUUUAAUAGAAUUAUAGAAUAUAUUAUAGCAAAAAUUAGAAAUUGUGAAUUGCAGAAUUUAAAUCAAAGAAAAUGAGACUGAUAAUUCAUAUUAAAAAAAAUUAAUUAAAAUUUAUAGAGUGAAUAAAAGACUAUAUCAUGUAAUCUAAUCAUUAGAAUUUGUUGAAGAAGGACUCAAAGAAUUAUCAUAAGUAAGUAAUAGCCAAUAAUCUGAUGGUGUUGAAUUAAUUGAAGAAUAAAAAAGAGAACCACUUAUUGAUAUUGUAUUUUUACUUGGAGUCAUAAAUAAUAAUACCUAUGUUUAAUAUCCAAAUGUUAUACCUAAUUGUUAUUUAUUAAGAAAUGUAAAUGGAAAGUUCAUGUUAUAAGACCCUGAGCAACCUAGAAAACCUAAAUUUCCUUUUAGAUUAAUCAUGUCUCAUGAAGAUAUGAAUAAACACAUUUCUAGAACAAAUGAAUAAACUAUUAAUGCAAAGGAUAUCACACUAUUUCCUC